AUGUUGUCUCAAUUGGCCUCGAGCUGGGAAUCCGAAAUCUCCAAGUAUGGUCAAAACAUCCGUCGCGCGCAAAUAGGGAGGAUAUAUCGGCCAAGGGAUGAACAGCUGUGCACAUGGAAAAUAGUACGCCUCCUGGUGAAUAUGAUUCUACAAGACGCCGAGUUAUACCUCAUCCUAUCCGACGCCGUCCAAGCAAACGCGGAUGAAGUCCCUCGCGGCUACUACUUCAUGGAAACUUUCAAGUACUCCUGGUUCGAGGUCACAGCUGCAACCUCAGAGGCCUUAUUUGAGCUGGGCAUCAGUAACAUCCGCAAACCCACUGCCUUCACUCUUUAA